UCGCACCUUCGUAGUUUGACAUUAUAUGACAUUCCUCUCCGACCAAGAGCUGAAACAUUUAAGGAAAUCAAAUGUCGGUGGUCUUUGACGUUUAAAGCAUACCUAAGAAAAAAAGGAAGAAAUAUUGAACGGCUUUAACUGAUAAAUCGGUGGAUAUGACUUCGCCAGUGGAUCCUGUUUUGGAAGGUGUUGGAGAUACUUUACUAGUUUUAUCUGGCAAAGGAGGAGUUGGGAAAAGCACGGCGACUGUACAGUUAGCAUUAACACUGAGGGCUGCUGGCCACCGGGUUGGUAUCUUGGAUGUAGAUUUAUGUGGACCUUCAAUGCCAAGAAUGCUUGGAGUGGAAGGGAAAGAUGUCCUAACACAUCCUAAUGGAAAGUGGAUUCCAGUGUAUGUUGAUGAAGAAAAGAAAUUAGGCUUAAUCUCCAUUGCAUUUUUCCUUGACUCCAAAAACGAAGCAGUCAUUUGGAGAGGACCUAAAAAGAAUGCUAUGAUUAAACAGUUAAUUAGUGUUGAUUGGAAUGUGAUUACUUGAUUCAUUGACACACCUCCUGGCACACUGAUAACGAUAUUCACAAUGGAAUAUAUGAACUUAUUGAAUGGUUUCAGGUCUGCAAAUGUUCGUGGAGCAGUACUAGUUACAACACCACAGAUGGUAGCAGUUGAUGAUGUUACCCGAGAACUAACUUUCUGUAGACGAACUGGCAUUCCUGUUCUUGGCAUUAUAGAAAAUAUGUCUGGUUUUGUAUGCCCUUCUUGUUCAGAGUGCAGUAACAUUCUGGCCUCUGGUGGAGGGGAGGAGUUGGCAAAGAAUGCAGCGGUUCCAUUUUUAGGGAGAAUACCCAUUGACCCAAGACUUACUCACUGUACAGAAUCUGGCCAAAACUACUUGGAAAUGUUCACAGACUCUCCUGUUAGUGUAAUGUAUAAGGAAAUUGUUGGUAAAAUUCUUGGAAAUACACAAGAAGAUAUGGAAGUAGAAAAUUAGUUUAGUUUUCUUGUAGAAAAUUAGUAAUUCAUAUAUUUUAGCUUAUGAAUAAAUAGGACAUAAUUUUGAUUCACUUUUUAUUUCUCUUAGCUUAAUUGGUAUUGGUGAUUAUAGUAUCUUUUUAGUAAAGUUAGUGCUGAAAUCUU